AUGGAGAAACCAGAUAAAGAAUUUAUAGAGAUCUUUGAUAUUUUAAUAGAUCAACAGAUAAAGAAGAUGAAAUAUGAUCAUAAUAAUAAUAACAGCAGACAAGACAAUGAAAAGAGGAGAAAAGAUGCAAAACAACUAUUCAAACAAUAUACUAUAUCUAAACCAGAUAAAUUAGUAUCAUGGUUACUCUAUUUAAUGGUAAAGGGUACCUACCCUAAUACUACACUUUCAGAUAUCUUUUUACGACAUUUGAUUGGUAUAAUUGUAUCAUUUGCAAAGUAUUUAAUACCUACCGAACAAUGGUUUGAAUUAGGAAUGAUUGUAGAGACAAUUCAAUUCGGAGAAGAAUAUGAUUCAAUACUUUUAGAAAAUACAAAAGAGUUGAUGGUAUAUGCAACGUAUGACUUUAAAAUGGAUAAAAAAGAGAUAUUGUUAGAUCUGAUCAAAAACUUCAGAAUUUCAAAGCUUGCCAGAGGAACAGUUUCCAUUAUUCAUGCCCAUGCUAUUAUCGAUGGUAUUGUAGAUGGAGAAUUACUAGAUGAUAUUGUUGAAAGCCUGUCAGGUAUUUUAGACAAUAAUCCGCAGCUGAUGAAAGAAAUAUCUCCUCAGAUUAGUAUCACAUUGAUAGAGGUAUUGGACAGACACCGCGAAAAGGGUUUCAAGAAUAACGACACAAAGAAUAAUAUCUUUGAGUAUUUGGCAGAGACUUUUCCCACACGCAUUACUGAUCGCCAAAUUGAUAGGAUCAUUGUACAUUUGACCGAAUGGCUUAUACAAGAAAAAUCUAUGGUAUUGGAAGAUUGGGCAUAUAGUGAUGACUCACAAAUUGACCUUGAUGACAAUCUUUGUAACUUUAUAUAUGAUCAAGUACUUUUUAAUGACAUAAAGUAUUCAAAAGAUCAUCUGUCAUCAACCGUUGCAACUAUUUCUCGAUUCGUAGUGGCGCUUGAUCGUAUUGCACGAGUUAUUUUCGAUCAUUUCAUCAUCUUGUUAAAUUCUAAAUCAUGGAAAGAAAGAUAUUUAUCUUUGAUGACCAUGUCUGAUUUAUUUAACAAGGAUCCUGUCAACAUCCUCGCUGAAGAAGAGAAAUUAUAA